AUGAAGCUGCUGCUCGCCCAGAGGUACUCAAUUGUUAUAUUCAAUGUAUUUGCUAAGGAGAUUGGCAUGCUUGCUGCCUUUUGUCUAAAAGGUCACUACCCCAAGCUGGUCUUCCACUUUGAGCUGAAGAGGAGCAUUCUGUACUUCAUCCUGGAGACAUAUGUCCCAUCAAGCCUAUUGGUGGUUCUUUCUUGGGUCUCCUUCUGGAUUUCGCUGUACUCUGUUCCAGCACGAAUUUGUAUAGGAGUGACCACAGUACUGACCAUGACCACUCUGAUGAUGGGAGCUCGCACGUCGCUUCCGAAUGCCAACUGUUUCAUCAAGGCGAUUGAUGUGUACUUAGGAAUCUGCUUCAGCUUUAUUUUUGGAGCCCUCAUUGAGUAUGCUGUGGCUCAUUUCUGCACCCUCACUUACAGCGACCCGCAUAUGCUGGUGUAUGGCCACCAAUUGCAUAACUUUGAUGACGAAAUAAACGGCAUCGUCACCACCAUCUCCAGCCCCUGUGACAGGGCCAAGAGACGCAAGGAACCUGACGCAGGUCCCGCCGCUGCUCCCGCCACCAGCGAAUUGGCAGUCGAUCCAUCCAGCCAGACAGGCAGCGAGCCCAAGCCCGAGGCUUCUCCUCCAGAACCCACCAACUGGUGUUUCAUUGCUCUGGCCACCUUUCGCAAACUUCUCAGUUUCAUAAGCUGCUGUCACAUAAAAAAUCCACACCACAUAGACAACUACUCAAGAGUCACUUUCCCUUUGUCAUUUGUCCUUGUUAAUCUUCUUUAUUGGACGUAUUAUUUGUACUUUUAGCAUUUAUCCCUAGUAUUUAGACAGGGAGUUUAUUUCACUCAAUGUACAAUAAGUGUGACUUAGGUGUGGUUCUGAGGUGAGUUUUUACUAUUUCUAAGCAGCAGCAUAAUGAGAAUGAGAAAGAUUGUUUUUCAGGAAGAAAAAAAAAAGUGUCAUUAUUGUAAUUCAACGUCACUCUUUUAG